GACAUUCGCAUUUUCCUUUGACCCAUUAGUUUACCAGACAUUCGCAUUUUCAUGGACAGCGAACAGAACGAUCCAGCAAGAACAUCGGGAGCUGAUGACUGCUGCUCUAAAAGCAAACUGUUUUCUGCAAUCCAAGAAAUCUUAUAGUGAUAGUCGACAUAUUCUGCGCCGUCUCGACUCUUGUUUCUGUAAAGCCUCGAACAUCAAUGGCUUCUAUGGUUGUGGCACCGGCUGUUGGGCUCUCUGAAACAUUCACCAGACUGAAACAGAAAGGCAAACAUUUCUUUUAUGCAAAGGUGGCAUUUAUCCCAUACAUCACAGCUGGUGAUCCUGAUCUAUCAACUACAGCACAAGCAUUGAAGGUGCUUGAUUCCUGUGGAUCAGACAUAAUUGAAUUGGGUGUUCCAUAUUCUGAUCCUCUGGCAGAUGGUCCAGUUAUCCAGGCCGCUGCCACCCGUGCUUUAGCAAAAGGGACCAAUUUUAAUGCAAUAAUUUCCAUGUUAAAAGAGGUGGUCCCACAGCUAUCUUGUCCGAUUGCAUUAUUUUCAUAUUACAAUCCAAUUCUUAAGCGUGGAGUUGAGAAAUUCAUGGCUACUAUAAAAGAUGCUGGUGUACAUGGGCUUGUGGUUCCAGAUGUUCCUCUGGAGGAGACUGGAAUUUUGAGAAAAGAAGCUGUUAAGAAUAAAAUUGAAUUGGUACUUCUUACAACACCCACUACUCCAACAGAUCGGAUGAAAGCCAUCGUUGAAGCUUCAGAAGGAUUUGUGUACCUUGUAAGUUCGGUUGGAGUUACUGGAGCUCGUUCAUCUAUAAGUUCACGGGUUCAAUCUCUUCUACAGGAGAUUAAGAAGGCAACAGAUAAACCAGUCGCAGUUGGCUUUGGCAUAUCAAAACCAGAACAUGUGAAACAGAUAGCAGGAUGGGGAGCUGACGGUGUCAUAGUUGGUAGUGCCAUGGUGAAAAUUCUUGGUGAAGCAAAAUCUCCCGAGGAAGGAUUGAUGGACCUAGAAAACUUUACGAAGUCCCUAACAGCUGCAAUCUCUUAAAAAUUUUGUAGGACCUUAGUAACACCUCUAACUUUUAUUUUAUAUUCAUGACAAGCAAAUCGGUAUGGAAUUACAGAAUUUAAUCUCAUCUAAGUUCAACCUCACCUUCAUUUUGUCUAGCACUAAAUGAAUCUCAGUUUGCUGGGAAUGUAAACCGUCUCCAAUAAGAAAUUCAUAAUUACAGUGUUCA